CUUUGUAGGUGAUAUAUUGUCAAUAUGAAAUUAAUUUUCUCCAGUCUCUUGUUGAUAUGCAUUUUUGCAAUGGUAUUUGGUGACCGUGGCUGUACUUUCAAAGGAAAAAGCCUUAAGGUUGGCGAAAAGUACUCACCACCUGGAAAGUGUGCUACAUACACAUGCCGUGGAAAUGGGUUAAUGAAUGCCGUUGGUUGUCCAUCUACUACUGCCCCAGAUAAGUGCACAAAAAUACCACAAGAUAAUUCGAAGCCUUAUCCAGAAUGCUGCGAAAGUUAUAAGUGUUAAAUUUUGUAUCAAUGAAUUACACCGCUAAUUGAAACGUCUAUCAAUUGAAUAAAUCAAAUACCUAUGUGUUUC